AUGGCUCUAUCACAGAGAGGAGGAAGAGUCAGGGUGGAGGAGGAAGAGGGAGAGGAGGAAGAGGAGGAGGUCCAGAGGGGAAGAUGGCUUUAUCACAGAGGAGGAAGAGGAGGAGAUCCAAAGAGAAAGAUGGCUCUAUCACAGAGAGGAGGAAGAGUCAGGGAGGAGGAGGAAGAGGGAGAGGAGGAAGACGAGGAGGUCCAGAGGGGAAGAUGGCUUUAUCACAGAGAGGACGAGGAAGAGGAGGAGGUCCAGAGGGAAAGAUGGCUCUAUCACAGAGAGGAGGAAGAGUCAGGGAGGAGGUCCAGAGGGGAAGAUGGCUUUAUCACAGAGGAGGAAGAGGAGGAGAUCCAAAGAGGAAGAUGGCUCUAUCACAGAGAGGAGGAAGAGUCAGGGAGGAGGAGGAAGAGGGAGAGGAGGAAGACGAGGAGGUCCAGAGGGGAAGAUGGCUUUAUCACAGAGGAGGAAGAGGAGGAGAUCCAAAGAGGAAGAUGGCUCUAUCACAGAGAGGAGGAAGAGUCAGGGAGGAGGAGGAAGAGGGAGAGGAGGAAGACGAGGAGGUCCAGAGGGGAAGAUGGCUUUAUCACAGAGGAGGAAGAGGACUCUGGGAGGAGGAGGAAGACUGUGGGUGGACACUGA